GCUUGCCAUAAAACUCUGAAAUGCGUGCGCAUCCACUCACAGCAGGCGCGUUCACGAUGACCAGGAAGUUCACUCAUUCUACUUUGGGAGUAAAGAUGUCGUCUGGCGCUCUGUUUCCAAGUCUGGUCAGCGGCUCGAGGGGAAGCUCUAGCAAGUACCUGGUGGAGUUUCGUGCUGGUAAAAUGAGCCUGAAGGGGAACACGGUUACGCCCGACAAACGCAAGGGCUUGGUKUACAUCCAGCAGUCCGAUGACUCUCURAUCCAUUUCUGCUGGAAGGACAGAACCUCCGGGAAYGUUGAUGAUGAUCUGAUCAUCUUCCCUGAUGACUGCGAGUUUAAGAGGGUGAACCAGUGCACCACGGGACGCGUCUAUGUGCUGAAGUUCAAGGCUGGCUCCAAAAGGCUCUUCUUCUGGAUGCAGGAGCCCAAAACGGACAAAGAUGAGGAGUUCUGCCGUAAGGUGAACGAAUUCCUGAACAACCCUCCCAUUCCUGGCGCUCCGGGCAGCGGAGGCGGCAGCGGCCACGAGCUGUCGGCGCUGGGCGGAGAGGGGGGCCUGCAGAACCUGCUGGGAAACAUGAGCCACAACCAGCUGAUGCAGCUGAUCGGUCCGACGGGGCUCGGUGGACUGGGAGGCCUGGGAGCGUUAGCCGGACCUGGACUGGCGAACCUGCUAGGCAGCGGCGGCCCGCCCGCCAGCAGCUCCUCAUCCAGCUCUAGAAGCCAAGCAGCCACGGCCGCYUCUUCAUCAGCUGCAGCCCCGAGACUGAGCUCCACCCAGGCACCGGCACCGGCCACGCCUACGCCUCCUGCCGCCUCCGCUCCUGCCACUACUGCUGCUGCUGCCCCUGCUGCUCCAGGGUGUGGUUUGUCUCCUCCAGUGGACCUGGCGAGCGUUUGCACCCCGGAGAUGAUGGCUCCCAUCCUGACCAACCCUGAAGUCCAGCAGAGGCUCCUCCCCUUCCUCCCCAGCGGAGAGAGCUUACUGCAGAGCACCGAGGAGAUCCAGAACACCCUGAACUCGCCGCAGUUCCAGCAGUCCAUGAGUAUGUUCAGCAGCGCUUUGGCUUCGGGGCAGCUCGGCCCGCUGAUGAAUCAGUUCGGUCUKUCGGCUGAAGCUGUGGACGCUGCCAACAGGGGAGGUAGGACAAACACACACCCUUGCAUCAUGGAAAGUUUUAUUUUGUAAAUU